AUGGACCAAUUUAAAAAGCUGUAUCAUGAAUAUUGUAAAACUUAUCACGUUGAACCGAAUGAUUUACUUUUAGGUGAAAUUCAAAAAGUCUCGGGCGAAGAUAAUAAAACAAAAAGUCUAAACUUAUCAUCAUUUAAUAUUCCCGAGGCACAAUGCUCGAUACUAGGGAAAAUACUUACACACGAUUUUAUUUUUACUAGUAUCCAACUUAAUGAUUGUAAUUUAUCAAGUGAUGCCUUAAAUGCACUCCUGCACGGACUUAUGACAAAUGCAACAUGCAAAAUAUUAGAAUUAAAAGGAAACGGUAUUCAAGGACCUGGAACUGAAGCUCUAUCUAAAAUAUUGAGAAAAAAUCAAACAAUUCGAACUUUACGAUUAGAAUGGAAUCAAAUAGGCUCGAUGAAUUCUCCAGCAUUUAGUAUUUUUUGCGAUGCACUUGCUGAUAAUAAAGCCCUAAUUGAUCUUGAUUUACGUAAUAACGACAUAAAUCAUGUUGGUGCUUCAGAAUUAGCAUCAGCUUUGAAACGAAACACAAUAUUACGUGCGAUAGAUCUUCGUUGGAAUAACGUUGGACUUAUCGGUGGUCGAGCUCUAUUAGCAGUAUGCGAAUCGAAUGCAACGUUAAAUGAAUUACAAUUAAUUGGUAAUACUGUUCCAGAUGAUAUUAUGCAGAGUAUUGCUAAUGCAUUAUCGAAAAAUGCCGAACACCGUAAAAUGCAUUUCGGACAUUCACAAAAUAUGGCUGUACUUUCAAGACAAUUACAAAAUGUUCACGAAGAAAAAAAUCGUGAAAUAACAACAACACUAACACGGAUGUCACUUCAGGAACAAGCAAUGCUGAAAGCUAAUAAAUCAUUGGCUGAAAAGUUAAAAAAGCUUCAAGAAGCAUUGGAUGAUCGAAAAUUGGCAUUUAACGCAUUGUCAGCAAAAUAUACUGAACUCGAAGCAAGUAUAACUGUAGCUAAACAAGAAAACGAUGAUUCGUUAAAUAAAAUGAGAAAAAUGGAAAUUGGUCAUCAUGAAUCCAUUCAUCAAAUUCAAAGAGACCAUAAACAAGAAAAAGAUGAUUUAAUUCAUACGCAAGAUAAACUUCAACGAGACUUAAAAGAAAACCUCGAUGUUCAAAGACGUUUAACUGAAAAAAUUCAUGAUCUUGAACGAAAAAAUGAAAAACUUCAAACCACAGUUCAUGAACUUCAAGAAGCUAUCGCCAUGAACGAUCGCACCCAUCAGAUAAAAUUAACAUCAUCCGAUGAUGAAAUUCAGCGAUUGAAACUAAAACAUAAGGAAGAUUUAAAAGAUCACGAAUUAGUUGCUAAUCGAGAUAUUCAACGGUUAAAAGAAGCUCAUGCAGCUUCCGAACAAACAUUAAAAGAACAAUUAUCGAAAUUUGAAAAUAUUCGAACAGCACUUGAACGAGAAAUCAAUUCACUUAAAUCUACUUCAUCAACACAAAAAUUGCAUCACGAUGAAUUACUGCAGCAAGAAAAAAUUCGAAUUAAAAAUGAUGAAGAAAAAAAACAACAAGAACUUGAAGAUCGUUUACGAACAUUAACUAGUUUAAAAGAUGAACUCGAAUCUCGAAAUAAUCAACAAUCAAUUGCAUAUCGAGAACUUCAACAAAAACUGAAUUUUCAAUCCGUCGAAAUCGAAUCACUGAAGCGACAAAUUGCAUCAGUAGAACUGACGAUUCAUGCGAAAGAUUCGGAACUUAUUGAAACUCGUGAAAAAAUUAAAACAGACUACGAAAAAAAGUUCCGUUCGAUUCAACAAGAUAUUGAUCUUAAUGGUGAAUUAAAACAACGUGUUAAACAAUUGGAGAAUGAAUUAAAAGAUCAACACUUCACUGAUCAGAAUACAAUUCGUGAACUUCAAAGUCGUUUAGCGGAAUUACAAACAACGCUGAGUCAUCGCGAUCAAGAAAUAAGUCGUUUAAAACUUGAGGAAGAGCAUAGAUUACAAUUUCUUCGUUCUGCAAUUGUUGAUUAUAUUGGUACAGGGACAGAUCAUUAA